GAAGCAGCUGAGAAUUUCGAGCUGGGCUCCGAAGCCAGUUGUUGGCGCUGUCCGUGGUGCUGAGGAAUUCCCGGCUGCCGGCAGAAUGAGCUCCACAUCAGCAGUCUGCAAACUGCUCUCACUGAUGCAGAAACCCAGCUAAAGUUGCUCCUUUCCUACACGUCCACAGUUAGCGCUUUCUGGUGUGCAAGAGGGGAUUCAAGCAACCUCUUCUGGAUGAUGCUGACGGUGUUGCCAGCGGAGCGGGCUUUAAGCUACAGCAUGCUGUUGCUGUUUGUCAGCCUCAGAGUCUAGCCAAAUCACCUCUACUGCCGUAGCAAACACUGUGUAAGUGAACUCAUGUGUGGAGGAGGCGUCAUCAGCCGGGAAAUUUCAUAGAAGGAUCUAAGAAAAUGCUAAAAAUAAGUUCAACAUGAUUCUGCUACUGGAGAAUCCUGGAUUUCUACAGGACCAGCGUUGCUUCUUGCUUUGAAUUCUGAAGACAGGUCCAAGGCAUAUUUCUUAUAUGUGCCUGCUGUGUUUUCUCUGGAAGGGUGAGAAGCUGCUUCUUGACUGUGUUUUGAAAUGGGAGGUAGAGAGAAUGGAUUGCCUUUAAUUCAUGCCUGAACAUGUAUUCUUUGAUUAAAGAGGAGCAGCUUUCCUAAAACAUACCUGACCUUUUAGUUCAUAUCAGUCUCUGACCCCCCCAGCACCACCAUUAACCUCCUGAGUGAUUAGCCUCCUCCUCUUGUAUCCCCAUGGAAGGAGCUGAAUCAGUUUCAUAUUAGGAGCACACCCAGAAGUCUGUGAAGAAGGGGAUGGCUCUUCAUGUACAUGAAGCUUGUGUACUAUUAUUGGUUAUUCCUGGACUGGUCACUUCUGCUGCCAUCAGCCAUGAAGACUAUCCUGCGGAUGAAGCUGACCAGCUCUCCAACAACGACAAUUUGAUCUUCGAUGACUACCGAGGGAAGGGGUGUGUGGAUGACAGUGGAUUUGUAUACAAGUUGGGGGAACGAUUUUUCCCAGGGCAUUCCAACUGUCCCUGUGUCUGUGCUCUGGAUGGACCUGUUUGCGACCAGCCAGAAUGCCCUAAAAUUCACCCAAAGUGUACAAAAGUGGAACAUAAUGGAUGCUGUCCUGAAUGCAAAGAAGUGAAAAACUUUUGUGAAUAUCAUGGGAAAAAUUACAAAAUCUUGGAGGAAUUUAAGCCCUCUCCAUGUGAAUGGUGUCGCUGUGAGCCCAGCAAUGAAGUUCACUGUGUUGUAGCAGACUGCGCAGUUCCUGAGUGUGUCAACCCAGUCUAUGAACCAGAACAAUGUUGUCCUGUCUGCAAAAAUGGUCCAAACUGCUUUGCCGGAACAACAAUAAUUCCAGCUGGCAUUGAAGUGAAAGUGGACGAAUGUAACAUCUGUCACUGUCACAAUGGGGACUGGUGGAAGCCUGCUCAGUGUUCAAAACGUGAAUGCCAAGGCAAGCAGACUGUGUAGGACACAUUCCCCGCCAAUGACGAAUCCGUAGGAGAAGAUGCUGUGACUUCCACACCGCACAUGUUUAACACAAAACAAACUCCUGCCAGCUACAACAGGGUCACCAGCAAAACCUUUUAGGGUUGACAAAAGUGAAUAUUUUACUAAGAGAAAAUUUCUUUUUCUCUUGCUAUAUAAAAUAUAUAUAGUAUACAGCUAUCUAAACAGCUUUUGUAAUUACCCAUGCUCGAUGGUGACUUGAUGACUGGAUUUCUGGAACGAGAGGAAAGAAAUAGCCUUGCACCGGCUCCUUCCCUGGUGAUGCCUCUGGCCUGGCAGCUCACCGUGCCCUGAUUUGCUCCAUUUUCACUCUUCUGUGUAACCUAUAUGGCAUUUUUCUCUUGUGGCUUUUUAGUUUCUACUUUCAAAGUCUAAGGGGCCAGAUUUGGAUGCAUAGCAAA